GAGCCCGCCCCGGAGGAGGGGCCGGCUCCGCCCCACCUCCCUGCCGCCUCCCUCCCUGUCUCCUGGCUGCGCCCGGGCCGAGCGCCCCCUCCUCUCUUCCCCUCCUCCCUGCGUACCCCGCCCGUGAUCGCAUCGCGAACCCCUCCCGUUGCGCGGGGCUGGGGGACUCGGCCGCCCCCGCCCCAACUGGGAGGCGGCGGCGGCCAGCCUAGGCUUCAGUGGGGACCAAGAUCCGAGGCCCGGUGGCGGCCCUGCGUCUGGACCGGGCACGCGGGGUCUAUGCCUCUGCUCCCCCAGCCCAGGGCCGCGGUGCCUUGCCUUGCCGCGGACUGGAGGAGGCAUAUGGUAGGCCUGCCAGAGGCACGUGGAGUGUGAAGGGGCAGCUCACCGAAGAAAAGCAGAGAUGCUGCCAUGACCACAUAGUGAGCAGUUGAAGUAAUAAUGUCUGCUGCAGGACUCAGCAGCGGACGCCACAGAGUGAGACCGCCCGUGCGUCUGCAGUGGCCACAGCCUCCUGGGCCCUGGCUAUUGGUGACCAGAGCCGUCCUGAUCCCGCAGGCCGGGCCCACCCGCGGCCCCCCAUGAGCGCGCCCGGCUGACCGGUGAGGCGGCCGCGGUGGAGCCGGCGUGCACCGAAGGCGGCGGGGCCAUGGCCUCGCUGGACUUACCAUACCGGUGCCCGCGCUGCGGGGAGCAUAAGCGCUUCCGGAGCCUGUCGUCACUGCGCGCGCACCUGGAAUACAGCCACACCUACGAGACGCUCUACAUCCUCUCCAAGACGAACAGUAUCUGCGACGGCGCGGCCGCUGCUGCAGCGGCUGCUGCCGCAGCUUCUGGCUUCCCCCUGGCGCCUGAGCCCGCCGCCCUGCUGGCGGUGCCCGGGGCCCGGCGCGAGGUCUUCGAGAGCACGUCCUUCCAGGGCAAGGAGCAGGCGGCAGGGCCAGCGCCCGCGGGGCCGCACCUGCUGCACCAUCAUCACCACCACGCGCCGCUGGCUCACUUCCCUGGCGACCUGGUGCCCGCCAGCCUGCCCUGCGAGGAGCUGGCCGAGCCGGGGCUCGUGCCUGCCGCGCGCUAUGCACUACGCGAGAUCGAAAUCCCUCUCGGCGAGUUGUUCGCGCGCAAGUCCGUGGCAUCCUCCGCCUGUUCGACGCCGCCACCCGGGCCCGGCCCUGGUCCUUGUUCCGGGCCCGCCUCCGCAUCGCCAGCUUCGCCAUCACCUGCCGAUGUCGCCUACGAAGAGGGCUUGGCACGCCUCAAGAUCCGUGCGCUGGAGAAGCUGGAGGUGGACCGGAGGCUGGAGCGGCUGAGCGAGGAGGUGGAGCAGAAGAUCGCCGGCCAGGUGGGCCGGCUACAGGCCGAGCUGGAGCGCAAGGCGGCAGAGUUGGAGACUGCUCGACAGGAGAGUGCACGGCUGGGACGCGAGAAGGAGGAGCUGGAGGAGCGCGCAUCUGAGCUUUCACGCCAGGUGGACGUGAGCGUGGAACUGCUGGCCUCGCUUAAGCAGGACCUGGUGCAUAAGGAACAGGAGCUGAGCCGCAAGCAGCAGGAGGUGGUGCAGAUCGACCAGUUCCUGAAGGAGACAGCGGCUCGGGAGGCCAGUGCCAAGCUGCGGCUGCAACAGUUCAUUGAGGAGCUCCUGGAGCGUGCAGACAGGGCCGAGCGCCAGCUGCAGGUCAUCAGCAGCAGCUGUGGCAGCACACCCAGUGCCAGCCUGGGCCGAGGAGGUGGGGGCAGUGCCUCAGGGCCUGGGGUGAGAGGCCCAGGCAGAAUGCGAGAACACCACGCAGGCCCAGCUCUGCCAAGCACAUACGCCGUUUCACGGCAUGGCUCCUCUCCCAGCACAGGGGCCUCCAGCCGUGUGCCAGCUGCAUCCCAGAGCUCAGGCUGCUAUGACAGUGACAGUCUGGAGCUGCCCCGGCCAGAGGAAGGGCCCUCGGAGGACAGUGGCCCUGGGGGCUUGGGUUCGCGGGCCCAGGCCGCCAACGGUGGUUCAGAGCGGUCCCAGCCCCCUCGUAGUUCAGGCCUGCGACGACAGGCCAUCCAGAACUGGCAGCGCCGUCCGCGCCGUCACAGCACCGAGGGGGAGGAGGGUGACGUCUCAGAUGUGGGCUCCCGAACUACUGAGUCAGAGGCUGAGGGCCCCUCGGAUGUCCCACGCCCUGGACCUGCUGUAGCCGGGCCCUUGAACAGCUGCCGGCUCUCGGCCCGCCCUGAGGGAGGCAGUGGGCGAGGCCGUCGGGUGGAGAGAGGUAGCCCCUCACGCUCCAAUGAGGUCAUCAGCCCAGAAAUCCUCAAGAUGCGCGCUGCCCUCUUCUGUAUCUUCACCUACCUGGAUACCCGCACGCUGCUGCAUGCUGCAGAGGUCUGUCGAGACUGGCGCUUUGUGGCCCGCCAUCCUGCCGUCUGGACCAGGGUGCUGCUUGAGAAUGCCCGAGUCUGUUCCAAGUUCCUGGCGAUGUUGGCUCAAUGGUGCACCCAGGCCCACUCAUUAACGUUACAGAAUCUGAAGCCCCGGCAGCGGGGAAAGAAGGAAAGCAAGGAGGAAUAUGCCCGGAGCACCCGGGGCUGUCUUGAAGCAGGGCUGGAGUCCCUGCUGAAGGCGGCUGGUGGGAACCUGCUGAUCCUGCGUAUCUCCCACUGUCCCAACAUCCUCACUGACCGGUCACUCUGGCUGGCCAGCUGCUACUGCCGUGCCCUGCAGGCUGUCACCUACAGGAGUGCCACGGACCCUGUCGGCCAUGAGGUGAUCUGGGCCCUGGGUGCGGGCUGCAGAGAGAUUGUCUCCCUCCAGGUGGCACCACUUCAUCCUUGCCAGCAGCCCACCCGCUUCAGCAACCGUUGCCUGCAGAUGAUUGGACGCUGCUGGCCCCACCUCCGGGCCCUGGGUGUAGGUGGUGCCGGCUGUGGGGUACAGGGUCUGGCAUCACUUGCAAGAAACUGCAUGCGGCUGCAGGUCCUAGAACUGGACCAUGUGUCAGAGAUUACCCAGGAGGUGGCGGCUGAGGUCUGCCGGGAAGGCCUGAAGGGAUUGGAGAUGCUGGUGCUCACGGCCACCCCUGUCACCCCUAAGGCCCUGCUACAUUUUAACAGCAUCUGCCGGAACCUCAAAUCCAUUGUGGUGCAGAUUGGGAUUGCUGAUUACUUCAAAGAGCCCAGCAGCCCUGAGGCCCAGAAGCUGUUUGAGGACAUGGUGACAAAACUCCAGGCCCUGCGACGGAGGCCUGGCUUCUCGAAGAUUCUGCACGUCAAAGUGGAAGGUGGCUGCUAACCCGGGUGAGGGGCGGCAGGGCCCCUGCCAGCCCCACACCAAGGCACUCUUUGGACCUCUGGAGGGGCCCUGGCUUGGACUAGACCUUUGGAGGCCUAGUGUUACGCCAGGUUCCAGACAGUGGUUGAGUACCCUGUCCAACUGGAACAGCAAAGUGACAGGUGACCCAGAGCACAGCCUCCCCAGGGCAGGGGCUUGGACAGAAGCUGCCCUGAGACCCCCAUGACAUGACAUCGUCAGCUGGCACAGCAGCACCUGGUUGUCACCACUCAAGAGGAUCUGCAGUCACCACCACCCAGCAGCUCCGCAGCUGUUCAGGCAGGUCUCUCCUUCCUGAGGCCAGCUCCUGGUCAGGAGCCUGUCAGGCCACAGGCCAAAAGGGGCUUAAGGCAGCUCAGACAUGGCAAGGAGGACUCUUCUCCCCUUUCCCUGACCAAGCCCUCUGCAGGGCAGUCCUGUCAGACAGUGGGUCUCUCUUCCAGGUCCACAUUGUCCAGUGACGAUCCAGGCAAGCCUAGGAACCCAGGCAGAAGGUUAGGGGAAAAUUGGGGCGGGGCCAUAGGGAUAAGUUUAAAAGGGUAAAAAAAAAAAGUCCGCAACUUCCCAGGAUGAGGCCCGCACCUCCCUAGCAGGUAAAGGACUGGCCAGUUGGAGGAGACUACUGUAAGACAAAGACUCCUCAUUAUCACACCCCAGAGCGACGCUUAAAGCAGUCUCUGUACUUAGCAAGAAGGACCCUGGGCUCCCUGUUGUGCUGAGGCUUGGGGGAGAAGGGGCUUACUUUACUUAACGGCUUGCUUGAGGCCAAGGAGCCAGAUACUGGUGCCAAGGCAGAGGAAAGAAUUUCCUCAGCCCAUCUUCCUGAGUCUUUACAGCCCUGGGCUGAGGCUACAAUAGAAUACUUGGGGCAGGCUGUCACGGGCCCUUGCGCCAUACCCAAAAGUCUGUUUGAGCACCACAGCCCCAAAGACCGAGCAUCCCUAACUGAGUUCCUCCUCUCAGAACUUGCAAUGGCUAAGGCAUGGGUCUUGGCGAUCCUCACUUGGGCAGAUCUUUCAAAUUCCUGGCCUCUCACCCAAAUCUUAGGGUUUUCUUUGCUCCUGUACAAGGUGGAAUCGUCUUCAGUUUUCUCCAGCUAGGCCACAGCUGGCCAGAGCAUGAACCCAGCUAUGGGUGCCGCCUACCAGUCCCUUCCACUGCUGUACGCCCUCCUGCUCAAUGCUCCCAGACCCCAUAGCUCUGUCCCAGUUUGUCAUCAUGAGUUGUGUGGCUUGUUCUGUCCCCGUUCUUUGAAGACUGAAAUGCCAAGGCUAUCAUGCUCGAUACUCCAUGCCUAGUCCCGCAUGAAACCUUGGCUGUGUGGUAUCUACACCCCUACCUCUCACAGCGGCCUCCAGUUGCUCCCCCCUCUCCAGCCCUGUCCCCAGGAGUCACAGGCAACAGCACAACUUUCCUUGCCUUCAGUGGCUCAGAAGGGAGGUGGAGGUGCCCUUGGGGCCCAGCUGCCUUCAGUAGGUCAGUCGUUUUGCCAGCCGCAUCCAUGUAGCCCUGCUCCCUGUGACUCCAAGACCAGAGGUGCUGCCCUUCCUGCCUCCUGGAUAAAGCACAGAGUGGUGUGGUAGUUGCCAAGCCUGCCCCCAGGGCUUCCACUCCUCAACCCCAGGAUUUGGACAUCUUCCUGGGCAGGGGAGGCACCAGGAUGCCUGGUGUUGAGGGGAACAGGUGGCAGUGCACAGCCAUCAGGGCAGGAAGCAAGGUCAAGACAGUCCCAGGCUCUACUACAUCUACACCACAUCCUGAUCCAUGGAGAGGGAACAUACCCCUUUUGUUGGCAUAGUCUGCUCUCGGAAAAGCUGUUUCCAAGAAGUCUCACCUGCGUUCUUGCUGAGUAAAGGUGGAGAGAGUAAAAACUGUAGACCUAAGCCUUUACCAACCCAAGUGACAGGUCGCUGUGUCCUGGCUGAGUCUUGGGCAUCUUAGUUCUCAGGCAUGCCUGGAGAGCCAGCAGCUCUGCCCCUCACUUGUGGUUCCUUUGCUUCGCCCCCUGGCGACCAACCCUGCUUCUGGGUGCUAUGCUUGUUUCCAUCUUUAGCAGUCAAGAGCCAGAGUUGGGGAUGGGGCAUCUGGCUUCCUGAGAAGCACCUUAUCCCAUCUUCAGGCACCCCAAAGGGAGCCCUUUGUCUUAUACUUAAGAUACAAAAAAACAUGUGAGGGCAUGCCCUGCUCCAGAAGCACAGGGUCUAUGGAAAGGACUCAUGGGUGGCAGCCAUCUGGCAUCUCUUCCAAUCCCACCCCCUUCCACACAGCCUGGCUCUAGCACCUGUGAAAUAUAGCAUGUUUGGCCUGAGUACUUCAUGCUUACGUAGGCUGCUUUUCCCCACAGUAUGGCAAAAAUAUAUGCACUCCUAUCCAGAACCCCAGCUUUCUAACCAUCAAGAGAAAGCACCCUGAGAUCGGGUGGUUUGUUCUGUUUUUUUUUUUUUUUUUUUUAACCCUAUGACAAUAGAGGCCUCAUUCCCAAGGCCUGGAUCCAUCCUUUGCCUUUGAGUCUUUGCUAUCCCCGGCCCUUAUGUAGAAUGUUUCAGAACACAGGCAGUGAGCUGUCAACCCCAGUCUCUGUAAGGCGCUAAGUUGAAUGAAAACUUCCCAGAGUGACAAUUGGUGCCAAAGACAUAGCUUCUGGUGAACUUGGAAGAAGUGUGACUGAGUGGGAUAUGGCCCAGUGCCCAGAGGAGAUAACCACUGAUGGGAUCUACCCCAGCCUGUCAGCCCCUAAUGACCUGGCAGUCUUUCUACCCUCGGUGGCCACACUUUCUCAUCCAGCCUUGGCUCAGGCCAGCAUCUCUGUAUAUAUUACUAUGUAGUGUGUAUAUUUACUCCUGGACAAGUGAGCUCAGUUGUAGUCCUUGCCCAGGGACAAGGCUGAAGGUUGGGUGAAGAGCAGAACAUGAGGCUUUCCUCAACUCUUUGGGACCUUAGUCCAAGACUGCCCGACAAUCAAGCAGGCACCCCACCAUGAGGCUAGCCCCUGAGGAGGCUUGGCCUGGAACCCCAGCCUCUGCUCAUCCCUGGCAGGGGUCUCGGAGGCCUGAGGUGGAUCAGGCUUGCCUUGCAGCUGGUGCAGUUGGCUGGGCUUAGAGGGCACUGCCUUCCCUGCACAGCCAGGCUGCAUCCUGCCCCCAGCACACUAGGCAGAGGGGCUGAGAGCAGCUUUUGGUUUUACUUUUGUUUCUAAAGUGGUGCCUGUACCUCCAGCCCCCAGGGGGCCUUCCCUGGCCCCACUUAUCUGCCCCACCCAGGCAUUGCCAUCCCAGCACUUUGCUCCAUGUCACCCAGAUGCCCUUUGCCGAAUGUAUUGAGCAUAUGUAUUUAAAAGGACUCAUGGGCAUCAGAGAAUUUAUGGUUCUGUAUCCAAUAAAAGAUGAUGAAACUGAAAAAA